CCCUAACAGGGGCCAUCGAGAGACAAAAACUCUACGAGAUAAAUAUUUCAAUUUAAGGAAAAAAAGAAAAAGCAAAUUUGCUACAAACAAAACCAAUAUAAUCAUCAUCAUGCCAAUUGCAAGCAUUAGAUCGGAUUGAUACACAAAUACAAGAUAUAAUGGGACCACAAUUAGAAGGUUUGACAAACAAUUAUGAUGAUAAGUGUAGUGACCAAGAUGAGGUUGUUUCUGAACAUGUUCCUUAUGCAAAUAACUGUGAUGACAGUGAAGUGGUCUUCAAUAAUGGGCAAUGGAGCUCCUAUACUCCCCAACCACUGAAGAGGCCCAAAACUACAAAACGAAAACGAAUCUUCGGACUGUUUUGGAUGCAGUUGAUUUGGAAACCCCAGCAAAAUUUCCAGCAACAGUUAAAAAACUUCCAUUGUGCAGUGCUAACAACAGCUGCUGUUAGAGCGUUAAGCAGUUAUUCCUGGAAUGACAAAGUCCUUGAAAAAUAUGGAAAUAAACAAUAA